AGAAAGAAGAGGAAAGGCAACAACAGCGGGGUUGUUGAUUAAAGAUUAACAACGUUAUCGCUAUAGAAACGAAUAGUAAGCGAGAGAAACGUAGGGAAUGCGGGAAAGUAAAAUGUAGUUAGAAGAAAAUUAAGUUUCUGCAAUUUUGGUUAGCGGUAAGCUAAGUGUACAAAGUUGGGUCGUGGUAAGUUGAGAGUCAGUCAGUGCGAGUUUGUUAGAGGAGAUGUGUGUAAAAAUGCCGUUACUAAAUAAUGGCGCUCAGCUGACGGUUUAGAUUGCGCCGAGAAGGACCGAGUUAGUUCAUCUUUGGUUGGAAUAUUGUUUUUGUUUUAAUUAAACGUGGCCGGAUAAAGAUGAAGUUGUCGGAUAGGAACGUGGUUCGUUUGGCCGUGGUGCAGCACAUUCGCGCUUUUUUCGGAAUUAAGUUGAAGAACUGGAACAAGAAGAGCAGAGCGAGCAGCAGGUCCGCCGCGGAGCAGCAGCAGCAGCACCUGGUCAAAGUCUUUGGAGUGCCUCUUGAGAACUUAGAGCACUGCACUACUGCUGAAUAUGGCACUGUACCCUGCUUUCUGGUGGAUGCCUGCACAAGUCUUAAGGAACAUAUCCACACAGAGGGCUUGUUCAGAAAGUCAGGUUCUGUCAUUCGUCUAAAAGCCUUGAGGGCAAAACUGGACCAGGGUGAAGACUGCAUUUCCAGUGCCCUCCCUUGUGACUUGGCAGGCCUCUUGAAGCAGUUCUUCCGUGACCUGCCAGAUCCGAUCCUGCCCACUGAGCUGCAGGAAGCCAUGCUCAAAGCCCAGCAGCUGCCUGCUGCAGAAGACAGGGCCUCUGCCCUGCAGCUACUAUCCUGUGUACUGCCUGAUAGAAAUUCCCACACGCUGCGCUACUUUUUCAACUUUCUUAAAGAUGUUUCCCAGAGGUGUGAGGAGAACAAGAUGGACAGCAGUAACCUGUCAGUGAUUUUUGCGCCCAAUCUGCUGCACAACGAGGGCACAGAGAAGAUGAGUGCCAGUACAGAGAGACGCCUGAAGCUACAGGCUGCUGUUGUGCAUUUCUACAUUGAGAAUGCUCAGGAAUUUGGUGUAGUGCCACAGUUUAUCCUAGAGAAGAUCCCAGGUAUGGUGGGUUGUGAGAUGGACCUAGUCUCUCCCCUUCCAUGCACAGUGGAGGAUGGGGAGACGGACUCUGGUGUAAAGAAGAGACAAAGACGUAGUCUUGGAGAUGUGGUUAAUGGGGCGCUACAUAAGCUAAAAAGUAAUAGAACACCCACAAAUACACCGCACUCUGACGGAUAUGUAUUUUCAUCAGCUACACCUGUGAUGCUGACCCCAAAUGCAAAGCGAAAACUUCCACCAGAGUCUGGCCACAGUUACGGGUUCUCAAACAAGAAAAAGAAGUCCAUCAAAAAGAACCUCGGUCUGGAACUGUUGCCCAACAGUCUCUUCAGCAGCAGCUCUACUCCAGGAUCAGGCUGCCUUGAUUCUAGCCCCUGCAUCUCUCUAGACUCUUCCCAGAAUGCCUCAGUGGGAAGGACCAGGAGGCCAUCUGCUACCUCUGCAAGGAGAAAGAGCAAGAGAAUGAGUGGAAAACAUGUUUGCAGAGUGGAAUCGGGGAAGGCUGGCUGCUUCUCCCCCAAAGUGACCAAGAAGGAUGCUGUACGCAAGUCUUUGCGUCUCCGCUUCAGUCUGGGAAAGAGCAGCAGAGAUCCUAAUGUCAUUUCACAUUCACUACUGGGGCCCAAAGGAUCAGAGGCCAUAGGCUGGAGACUUGCUACUCAAGAUAUCACAACCAGUUUUGUGUUCUCCAAAGAGACACCAUUUAGUCCUGCUGUUUUACGAGACAAGAAUGCCUCCAAUCGACCCAAGCACAUCAGCAAGUCUGAAGACAACCUCUUAACCCCUCAAUGUGAUAGUGCAGCUCACCAGACAUCCUGGAAUGGUGCACGUCCCAAUGGAACCAAGCCUUUUGGUAGCGAUGCCUACUUAGGCACCCCUGUUGGCAUGUCCUUCAAAAACAAUUACUUUUCUGAGCCCACCCUAGGCCCAGGCAAGCUCCCCAAUGCUGGUAAUACUCCCAAGCAUCUUUGCUGUGUAACCAGUGCUGAAAGCCUGCACAGUGACAGUUCCAUCAUAGAGGACAGCACUCUCACUGGCUCCACUCUCCUCAAGGUCAAGAAUGCUUUUGCAGAGUCCAGCAGCAAUCUGUGCUUAAUCAUUAAGGACCACAGUGCCCCCACUGCAAAGGAAAUGAGAUCAGAGGUGAUUGACACUGUGCUUUUGCAGGAGAGCCCUUUAAAACCAGAGGUCAAACAGAUUUUCAAGAGUCCAAGCCAGAGGGAGAGCCAAAUUCAUGACCAAAAUAUUACACUUAAUCAGUUGGAAAUUACACCCUUGACUCCACUACACAUAGACUCUGCAUUAUUUGAGGUCCAACCAUUAGCUGAUUCUUCUGAGGAGGAAGACAUUUUACUCCAGAGUGGAAAUGAAGCAGUAGCUUGCAUGCCUGAUCAGCUGAACUGCAGUAGGUUGGUUGAGGCCCUUGACAUUGGCAGUCCCCUGCCAUUUAAACAAACCAUGUCCAUUAAUGUGCAGUCUAAGCAGUCUACCCCUUGCAGAUCAAACCUUCAGGUCUCCGAGCAGUUGGGGCAGAUGGGAAAAGCAGCAAAGUCACCUGCACCUAAGGCCCAUCUGUCAAAUUCUUCAAACGUCUUAGGUACCUUAGAAUCUCGUCUGCGAGUGGCUGACCACAUCAAAUGGUUCAACACCCUCACUUUGGACUCCCCCAAGACCAAAGCUGUCCGUUCCCCUCUCAAGUUCCAGCGCAUCCCGGUCAGACAGUCUGUUAGGAGAAUCAACUCCCUGCUGGCCAGUAAGGCUUCAGGAGGUCCUACCAAGCCUGCAAGUCCAAUUGUGAAGUCACUCAGUCUUGAGACCGGGCUGUUGGCUGCUGGAGCGGGACCGAUGGUUACCUGCCUUGAAAAUGAGGCCAAAGGGCCACGUGAAGUUGCUCCCAGAAGAUUUGGCAGCACUAGUCAGCAGGUUAGGCACUGCGUGCUUGAUGAUGUGACCAACAAGGUGCAUCAGAAGAUGAAAGGUGAUCCAUCUCUAACAGGCAAGGGCAAUACCACAUCAUACGUAGGGAUCUCUGAAAAAUUACUCUUGCGUCAAGCGUCAGCAAAGGACACGUGCCACUACAAAGGCUCGCCCAAGAACCCUCUCGCAGAGUGUCGUCUGCUCUCAGCCAUGAAACCCAUUGACCUCUACGCAGAUAAAUUUCCCCAAUGGCGGGUGGUAACGGGAGCGAGGGACGCGCGCUCCUGCUCGCUGCCUUGGCAACCGCGCGUGCAUCAUUACCUCUGCUUCUGCGAGCCCGGCGUCGCCGCGCGACAGAAUAUCGCCUCCGCUUCCUACUCGCAUCAGCAUUUCAUGGCCGUGUUGGCGAUGGGCUCCACGCUCGUGCUGCGCGCGCUCCUGUGCUGCACCGUGCUCGCGGCCGGCCGCAGCGCCCGCGCGCUCGACCAAGUGUCGGAGGCGGAUCUGCAGCGCGUGCUGCAUGGCAUCAUCGAGCAGCUGGGCAUCGCGCGCCCCCGGGUGGAGUACCCCGCGCACCAGGCCACCAACAUCGUGGGACCGCAGAGUAUCCAAGGUGGUGCUCACGAGGGUCUCCAGCACCUGGGACCUUAUGGGAACAUACCCAACAUAGUUGCUGAGCUGACAGGAGACAAUGUGCCCAAGGACUUUAGUGAGGAUGAGGGCUACCCAGACCCUCCCAACCCCUGUCCUCUGGGAAAGACAGCAGAUGGAUGUAUUGAGAACUUCCCAAACACGGCCAAGUUCAACAGGGAGUUCCAGCAGCAGCAGCGCUUAUUCAACCCAGAGCACAACUACCCAAGUCUGUCCAAAUGGAACAAGGAGCUGUUGUUUGAAAAACUCAAGGGUGGAACUAAGAGAAGAAAGAGGAGCACCAAUCCCUAUUUAAUGGGUCAGAGGCUGGACAAUGUAGUGGCCAAGAAAUCGGCACCCCAUUUCUCAGAGGAGGAGAAGGAGGAGGAACCUACUGCCAGCGCUACGAAGAACUGAAGCUAGGCUGCAUGGCUGGACAUCAAGAGAUCUUCAUCAUGGUUAAAUAACUGACUAAAAUGGGAGACAGAUGGGGUGACAAUUUAAUUCAAAUGCAUCUUAAAUACAAGCUAUCUGUGUAUAUUGGUUGUGAUAAUCAAAGGGUAAAUAUUCAUGACAUGAAUUUCAGUUUUUGGGAAAAUAAGGGAGAGGAUCAAAAAAGUAAUAGUUUUUGGAUGUAAUGUUCAUGUUUUAUAUGACUGUUUCCUUGGCUCUUGGAUCCACUACCAGCCUCCAGAUUUCUGAUAUAAACUGGUAAUGGAAACAAGCUUCUCCAGGCAACGUGCUGUUUUUAGAUACUUUCCCACCCAAAAUCUCAUAGUCUUGUGCGCUCUGUUGCUUAAUUUUGUGUUCACUCUGGUAUGUCUGUGUGCACUGUAGCUUGUACUGAGUACAAAGACUAAUAAAUUUCAUGUUGUGCA